UGAUGACAUUGACAGUUCAAUUCAACUUUUGCCUGGGUUGUCUGAAAUUUUGCUAAUCAAUAAUUAAACUCGUAAAAUUUAAGUUUAAAUAACUUAUACGUAAUUAUUACGUUUAUACGAGGUUAGAAUGGUUUUCUUGUCCGUAUCUAACUUGAUACGCUGUCGAGGACCUGAUGAGUUUUGGAGGAAAAGAAGAAUUUUUAAACUAGCUGCACAUUAUAUUGGUCGCCGGAGAAACUUAUAUUCUGUAGCAGUUCGCAAUGUCCAUCGGGCUUUAGUUUAUGCCUCUUAUGGCAGGCAUCUAAAGAAAGAAGAUAUGAAAGAGCUGUGGGACACCAGAAUCAGUGCUGCUUGUGAUCAGCAUAAUAUAACAUUGUAUACCUUAAAGGAAGGCUUGGAUCGUGCUAAUAUUAUGUUAGAUAGAAAGUCUCUAUCAGAUUUAGCAUCAUGGGAACCACAUACAUUUGAAUGUCUAGCUGCUGUAGCCAAAAGAAAAAUAGAAUUGGAUGGCUUCAUAGAUGGUACAGAUAAGAAACUGCCUACAGGUGUUGAUCUCAAUCUCAGAGAUGUGAUGUUGGAUGAGUGGUUAAAACAAGGGAAAAAAUAAAAUUAAUAUUAAUUUUAUAGUUGUAUUUCUAACAUAGUUAGUAAUUAAAUAAAUAUGCUUGUCUAGUA